AUGACAAACAGUAUGCAGGUUUCGCAGUGGUGGACGAAGAAACUCAUAUUCGCUACAUUCGCUGUUUUCUUUGUCAUAGUUCCCCUAAGCUACCGCCAUGCCAUUCCCAUCGAGCGAUAUCGCGAAUAUGUAACAGGUGAUACCGUUGUAGAAGUAAAACCAAACAAUGAACGGCCGCAAACUCAAUACUUCAAGCUCGAACCAGAAUGGAAUUGGGACGUACCCGACUACGCAAGUAGCCUGCAUGGAUUCAAGCGCGAGCCGAAACCCGAAAACAUCAUCGUCUUGACCGCAAGCGAUGGAGGCGGUCACAACAAUGCGAUUCCCAACUUACUAGAGCGGGUGCUAGAGAACCGGGAAGAAUACUGCGGUCGACACGGCUACACCAACCUCUGGUUGAACACAAGUCGCUACGAUAUUGGAGAUUCCCACCGGGUAUGGGCCAAAAUCCCCGCCUUAGCAGAAGCCUUCUAUCUCUACCCCAAAGCCGAAUGGGUCUGGCUCAUGGACGCCGACAUGAUCAUCAUGUCCCCCUCCGUCCCCCUCAUCGCCAACAUCCUCAGCCCCUCGGCCAUCGAAAAAGGCAUAAUGCACAACACCAUGCUUCUCAACGGAAAAGGCCCCCAGACAAACAUCUACACACCAACCCACUACCGCGUCGAAGACGUCGACAUCCUCAUAACGCAGGAUCACCAGUUUGUCAAUGCUGGAUCCAUAUUUUUCCGGCGCUCAGCGUUCACGCGGAUCUUUUUGGAGAUGAUGACGGAUCGCACGAUGCUGAUGGGUAAGGAACAUGCUCUGGCCGAGCAGGAUGCAAUUAAGCAUUUGAUGGUUGAGCAUGAGUUGGUGAGGAAGCACGUGGGUGUUUUUCCGCAGCGCAGGUUUAAUGCUUAUGCGAAUGGGGGGCCGCAUAUGAUGUGGGAUGAUGGGGAUUUGGCGGUGCAUUUUGCGGGGUGUUGGGUUCACCAUGAUUGUAAGGAGUGGUUUGAGGAGUAUUGGGUGAAGAGAGGGAGAUAUGGAACAGGAAAGUGA